AUGGCUCUCAAAACAUGUCUUGAGGCCCCAGUUGAGUCGGGGCUCUGUUCAGGGAUUGAAUGCCAGGGUGACCACCCAACACUAGUUCUGAUGCUCUUUGCCAGUGUGCUAGUGACUUGCCUUGAGGCUGCUAAACUCACUGUAGGCUUCCAGGCCCCCUGGAACAUCUCCCAUCCAUUCAGCAUGUAAAGGUUGGGUGCAGGCCUCCAGAUUGCCCUGGACAAGGUCAACUCAGAGCUAGUGGACCUUGGAAAUUUCAGCUGGGAGUUCACUUACACCAACUCAGCCUGCAGCACCAAGGAGUCUCUUGCUAUUUUCAAUAACCAGGUCCAGAGAGAACAGAUUUCUGCCCUGUUUGGACCAGCAUUCCCAGAAGCAACUGAGGUUAUCGGUUUGCUGGCCUCUGAGUGGAACAUCUCCAUGUUUGACUUUGUUGGACAAACCAAAAAGCUGUGUGACACCUGUGUGAAACUUGUGCCACCCAAGCAGGACAUUGGUGACGUGCUCCAGAAAAGUCUCCAGUACCUGGGCUGGAAACACAUUGGGAUGUUUGGAGGCUACUCUGGGGCUUCCUCCUGGGAUGGAGUGGAUGAAUUGUGGAGGGUUGUAGAGAAUGAACUCAAUUCCCAUUUUAUCAUCACUGCCAGCAUGAGAUACUCCAAAAAUAGUUUAGUCCUUCUUCAAGAGCAUCUUUGGAGGAUAUCAUCAAUUGCCAGGAUUAUCAUCUUAAUCUGCAGCUCAGAGGAUGCAAAUAUUAUUCUGCUGGCUACAGAGAACCUGGGACUCAGCACUGGAGAAUUCAUUUUCAUCAUUUUGCAGCAGUUGGAGGACCAUUUUUGGAAGGAAGUACUGACAAAUCAGAAAAUGAUGCACCUCCCAAAGAAGUAUGGGUCAGUGCUUCUCUCAUUGCCCUCAGCUUACGGAGAAGGCCGUGGAGACGAAGGCUUUUGGAAACAAGUCUACCAAACCCUGAGGAGGCCGCCUUUCCGCAGCACCAUCUCCUCGGAGGAGCAGGGAUGAUGUCGGGUGAGCCUUUACUCUGCCUACCUUCACGACGCCGUCCUGCUCUAUGCUGAGGCCGUGAAGCAGAUGGUAAAGGCUGGAGGCGACUUCCAGGACGGGCGGCAGCUGGUCAGCGCUCUGAAGGGUUCCAGUCCGGCCAGGACUACAGGGAAUUUCUCCAAUAUGGCCUGGACCCCUGGCUCCCUUCCUGAAGACAGACCUGGCUGUGGAUUUUAUAAUGAGCUCUGUGAAACUGAGCCUGCUUUUACGGGGCCCAGCUGGGCAGGGAGGUACAUGCUACUGCUCUUAGGCAAGGCCUGGGUAAUAUGCCUCUACCCUCCAGGCGUGACUGCUGUGGUUCUCACAAUGAUGAUCCUGAUUCCUGUCUUGGGGGCUGCCAUCAUAGGUCUGAUUUUAAGGACACAGAGGGGAAAACUGCAGAGGCAAAACAAAGACAUCUGGUGGCAAAUCAAUUUUGACGAUAUCAUCAUUCUUCCCCAGAACAAGCCACCCCAGAGAGGCACACCUGUGUCAAGAGGCAUCACCAGUAACUCAUCUAGUGUGGUGAUUUCUGUGGACCUCAGCUCUUUUGUCAAGAGCCAGCGGGAAGAGCUCUUCUAUGCCCCAAUAGGGCUUUAUCAGGGAAACCACGUGGCCAUCCGCUAUGGUGGUCACCAAGCAGAAGCCUGGGUUAGGAAGCUGACUGUGCUCCAGGAAAUACAGCUGAUGGGUGAAUUAAGGCACGAGAACAUUGUUCCCUUCUUUGGUAUGUGCACCAAACCACCUAACAUCUGCAUUGUCACUCAGUAUUGCAAAAAACGAAGUCCUAAGGAUGUUUUGAGAAACUCGGAUCAUGAAAUAGAUUGGAUAUUCAAACUCUCAUUUGCAUAUGACAUAGUCAAUGGCAUGCUCUUCCUCCAUAGGAGCUUCCUGGGCUCCCAUGGCAACCUGAAACCUUCCAGCUGCCUGGUGAAUGGUCGGCUGCAGGUGAAGCUGUCGGGAUUCGGACUGUGGGAACUCAAGUAUGGCCGGACAUACAGAACAUAUGAUGAGACAGUGGUUGAUUUUGCAUCCACUAGCUAUUGGCAGCAUGGCCAGAGGUUCCUAGCUCCAUCUUUGCUUCCUGAGCUCUACUGGACUGCCCCAGAGCAGCUGUGGCUCCCAGAGGUGCCCUGGUCGAGUACCCCACAAGGAGAUGUUUAUAGCUUCACCAUUCUGAUGAGGGAGCUGAUCCACAGGGACCAUGGGCCCUCUGAUGACCUCUAUGAGGCACCGGAUGAAAUCAUCAACCAAAUCAAAGACCCUGCAGCAGCAGUCCCACUGCGACCUUCCCUGCCUGAGGAGAAGGGCAAUGAAAACAUCAUGGCCAUGGUGAGGGUAUGUUGGGAGGAAUCUCUGGAGAAAAGACCUAGUUCCUCUUCCAUCAAGAAAACUUUAUGAGAGGCCAUUCCCAGAGGCCAUGUAAGCAUACUGGCCAGUAUGAUGAGCAAGCUGGAAGUGUAUGCCAAUCACCUGGAGGAAUGGGUGCAAGAGAGGACCAGCCGGCUGACUGCAGAGAAGAGGAAGGUGGAGAAGCUUCUGUCCACUAUGGUGCCCAGCUUCACUGGAGAACAACUCCUAGCUGGAAGGUCCGUGGAACCAGAACAUUUCGAGUCUGUGACAAUCUUUUUCUCUGACAUUGUUGGAUUCACAAAGCUUUGUUCUCUCAGCUCCCCCUCGCAAGUCGUCAAGCUCCUCAAUGACCUGUACAGUUUAUUCGAUCACAUCAUCACAAAUUACCGUGAGUAUAAGGUUGAGACCACUGGAGACGCAUACAUGGUGGCUAGUAGACUCCCUAUCUGCAAUGGAAGCCAGCAUGUGGCUGAGAUUGCCACCAUGUCCCUGCACUUCUCAGUGCCACCAUUCAUUUGCUUCCAGACUGGGCGCUUGCUCUAGGAGAAGCUCCAGCUUCGGAUUGGCUUCCACACAGGUCCUGUGGUGGCUGGUGUGGUGGGAAUUACCAUGCCCAGAUACUGUCUAUUUGGAGACACUGUGAACAUGGCAUCCAGAAUGGAGAGCAGCAGUUUGCCAAAUGUAGGCUUGGAGGAGCUGAAGAUGGUGAACUCAUUUCAUGGGGUGCCAGGGCUGGCCUGUGGCUCUCAGCCCUGUACAACUGCCCUAGCUGCCAGAUAUUUACAGCCCAUUAACUUGAGAAUUUGCAGUGAACCCAGUUUCAUUCUGCAGGAGGGGAAAGUGGAGAGGAUGAAGCCUGUCUUUCCUGUGCAAGGUGCCUGCUCUCUAACCUUUGGUGCUGAUUUUCCUUAUCAGUUAAUCAGCUUGCAAGGAGAUAGGAACCCAUAUCUGACAGCAUCUUGA